UUUCAGAUUCAUUAGAAGAGUAAUGAUAUUAGGAAUAUGUGUCGAGACUUGCCUUCUAUUCAUACUGCCAUUAUUCUUAUAUGAUGGAUUAUGCUUUACUCAUUGGAUGGUUACCGAUGAUGGACUUACGAUAAAAUCCGUUCCUGGUUCGCCAUUUCAUAUGGUGCAGCCUCACUCGCUGGUACAGUUUUUGGACCAAGGGCGAAAAUUGGAUAGUAUUGCACACAUGCGAGGUUCCAUUAAAAAACAUAAGAACAACAUUCAUAUACACGAAAAUGCCGAUGAUCCAGAACUAGAAACAAAAAUUCGUAAAACUGAUAAAGAUUGUAUAAUGGGUGGAUUCAUGUCCACCAGCAAAGAUGCUUUCUUGUUAGCUUAUACUCUUGGAAAGUUGGUUGAAGACCUAGAGAUUUUAGCCAGUGUUGAAUUCAAUGAUGAUAAACAAAAGCCAAGAGUGGAACCACAUUGUACAUACGAUUUACAGUUCAGUAUGUAUGCCUUUGAGCAUUUCCCGUCUGUACAGCAACGUGACAAGCUAAAGAUCAUUCCCGAAGCAGCAUUUCAAAAGUUACUCCCGCCAAAUUAUGCAACCACCGAAUUCGGUAGCCAUGUUGCGAGAGCAUUAGAAAUGCAACCAACUAAUGAUUCGUUUUUGCGUUUAGCAGCCCUCUAUUGGCGAAUUAAAGGUGAUGCUCCAAAAGCUAUAGAAUGUUUUCGGCGUGCUCUUCAUUUUACAGCAAAAGAAAUGCAGGCUCGUACUAUGUUUGAUUUUGGAAAUUUGGUUCAUCGUGCUGGUUAUCCUUUAGAUGCAAUCGUCCUUUAUCAGUUGACAUUAUUAAAAAUUAAUGAUGCUUUGAUACGUAUGGCCCUUGGCGAUGCGUAUGCAUUGGUGCAGAACCGGUCGGAAGCGAUUGAGCAAUAUGACAUUGCUUUUUCAAUAGAUCCAUCAAUGAAAAGUGCCCAAGUUAAGGCAGCAGCACUAAAAUGCGACCAAAAAUUGAUCAGUGCAAUGGAGGAGCAGCACAGAAAUUUGCUUGAUACAAUUGAAGAGAAGAAUUUAUAUAAUGACAAAUAUGAGGCAAUAAAGAAGUUGGAAGAAAGUACGAAGGGGAAUGUUAUAGGUCUCGAACAAGCGGUACAAUCUACUCUGAUUCAUGAUUAUUUCACGUACGGUAGCCUACCCUAUUCGAGUUGCCGUUCAGUGUCAGUAUCGGGUCGUUUAGUAAUGCAGUGCAGCGUAAGCGAUUGGCAUAAGUAUCGAGCUGUUCGUGACGAAAGACAUCGUAAACUUGUGGCAAAUUUCAAACGAAAUGGAGCAAAGAAUACACCAAAAUAUAAUGCGCGAAUUGUGGAAAAUUUGAACGAUUCCUACGAGCUAACAGUGUUUCUGGAAAAACUAGAGCUUAUGAAAGAAAUGAAUAUGGAUAAGCCAGUUGGCAAGCCAGUUUAUCCACGAAAACUUUUACCAUCAACCAAUAAACUUCUGGAGAAUUAUUUGAGCAGCAGUUGGCCGAACAAAACAUUAUGUGAAAGCACUUAUUGGCAUUUCUCGCUUCCAACGCCGGAGAACCUCCCGCAACUUUUCUUAAGUCCAGAAAAUAAAGGAUUCAAAUCAUCUGAUUUACUUGGCAAAUAUCUUGGCCUGAACGAUGGUGAGGAACAUCCAUUACCAUGGAAUCCACCUGUAUGUGGUAUCGAUAUAUCCGAAGAAUCGCUGCCUGCUAUACUUAAGCUGCCUGGUAUCCAUGCAGCUGCAGAACGCAGUCCUUCCUUACAAUUUGCGGAAGAUAAGCUUCGAAUGGUAUUUUUGAAGAUUAUGGAUGAUAAGAUUACUGAAGCAGAUAUUGCGCAACGUAUUGGAACUCUUAUGAAAUACAAAAUUGGACCGCAAUGGAUAGUUUACAAUUUAGCAGCUUUGUACUGGCGGAUUGUCGGCGCACCAGGUGAAGCAGUUACUUGUCUUCGUGCAGCAUUACAGAUAAAGCCUGAACGAUACGCAGAUGUUGCAUUGGUGCAACUAGCGCAGAUCAUUAUUCGUUCUGGUAUCAGUUAUGACGAUCAUCUAAACGACGCUGCCGUUCUGCUGAACAGUGCUAUGCAUCUUGAUCCGAAUGAGCCUAUAAUACAUUUUUUGUUGGGAAUUGUAAGAAUUCUGCAAAAGAAGCAUACCAUCGCAUUGGUACACGUUCGUGCUGCAGUUAUUUUGGAUCCGUUAUUUCAACCAGCUGUUGCUAUGCUUCGUGCGCUGAAAUGUUUGAGUAAAAACGAGCAACAAUUGGUUGGUGAGCGACUACAUUUACGUUGUUGUUCCCAAGCGGAAUCGAAUGUUUAUUGUCUUGGUAUUCGUAGCGAUCGGUGUUUCAUGAUAUCCAAGGAAGGUGCAUUUAUAGGAAUAACUUGCGCCAUAGAUUCUAAAAGGAAAGGGGAGGAUUCUUGCAAGCGUGCUUUUUCAUUUGCACUUUUUAUUUUGCCGUUAAAUCCAAGUAGCAGCAAGGAAACUGAUGAAAAAGUGCGAAAACAGUUAACCAGACAAGCAAAAAUUACUGGAUUGAAAACAACUAUGGAUUUUUCUGAUGAGAUCCCGUUAGAUUAUGGGGCUGAAGAAAGUUUGCGGAAAAUCCAGAAAAUGACUGUCCCUUCAACGGAAAGUUUCUUCCAGAGCGAGAUCUUAUUUACGGAAAGUGAUGUGCUAAAGGAAUCCAGAGUGAUUAAUUCUUGGGAGUUGGAUGUCUUUGUUGACAAAAUAGUUAUACCAGAGGGGCAGUUGACUUUGGCGCACGUUCCGGAACGGCGAAGAAUGAUUGCUUUUGACAUCCCGCUUCCUCCAAAGUUACCUCUGCCGUUUAAACAUCAAAUCACGAAUGGUUUCUCUCAUAUGCCACUGCCAUCAAAACGUAAAUCAAACAGUAAUUUUUGUGCGAACACUAAAAUGAGCUUAGCGAUUGUUCGUGAACAGAGCACAUCAACUUGGCUGUCCGCAACGGCUAAAGGAGUAAAUCUGGAUGAAUUCAUUGAUUUCGAAACAACAGUUGAUCUAGACGAAGAUUUUGAGCCUAUUUGUCCAGAAUUACUGUCACCUUCACCGCUUCUUACUCUUGACCAUUUACCAGCUUAUCAUCUUCGUCAUCAGUUCAUUCAUUACAAACCGGAGAAAGGAUUAACAGAUGCAUUUCUGAAACUAGGAAAAGAAAAAGAACGAGUUGAGGUGGUUGCCAAAAGACUAAAAGAUGCAAUGGCAUUGUCAGUUGCACUGAAUAAGGGCGGCGUACACUGGUCUUUAUCAACUGCUUCAGCUUUGUACUGGCGUGUAAAAGGUGAUGCUGUGAAUGCAUUGAAAUGUCUUAGACAAUCGUUGAAUUCAGCUCCACCAGAUAUGAGAGACGUAGCUUUAGUCAGUAUGGCUAAUAUAUAUCAGCAAGCGGGACUUUUGCAUAGUGCUUUGAUUGCUGGUGGUUUUGCACUAAAGAUUUCACCCAAACUUGUCGCUAUACACUUUACUCUUGCUAAUAUUUAUGCUUCGCUGGAAAAGUAUCAGCAUGCAUUAAUGUUCUAUUAUUCGACCUUAUCAAUGCAGCCCAAAUUUGAGCCAGCAAAGGAACGAAUUCGUACAAUUUACUGUUUUGCUAAAAAUUUGUCUAUAAAGUCAUAACUAUUAGUCUGUUUUGAGAAAACUCUGUUUUUUUAGCUAUUCUCUUUUUGUUACUAUUAUUCCCUUC